AUGAUGGCGUGUUUUGGAGGAGGAGGAGGAGGCGCAUGCUGUCCUCCUGCUGCCCCAGCAUGCCCUCCACCUGCUGUGCCUUGCGCAGCACCAGCUUAUGCACCAGUUCCAGCUCCAGCACCCUUACCGGCUCCAGCACCACUACCAGCUCUAGCGCCACUACCACCUUCUUCUGGUUAUGCAGUCGGAGGUGGAGGGGCAUAUGUACCUGAGGCUGGAGGACCUGCUCCCAUGGCCGCUCCUUCUCUACCUUCUCUACCUCGAAUAAUUGUGGUACCUGCAACAGUUGCAACUGGAGGUGCAGGCAUUGCAGGUGCUGGAGGAGGCGUUGGUGGCGCACCUGCGAUCGGAGGAAUUGGAGGCGGAGUUGCCGGCGGAUGUCCGACAGGAGGCGGUGGAGGAUCAUACGUUGGUGGAGCAGGAGCUGGAGGAUGUGGCGAAGGCGGAGGUGGUGGUGGAGGAUCAUACGUCACCAGUGGAGGAGCAGCAGUUGGAGGAGGACCGGCUUACGUCGGAGGUGCUGGUGGCGGUGGCGGAGGCUCGUAUGCGACAGCAGGUGGACCCGUUGUUGGAGGAGGUCCAGCCUACGUCGGAGGUGCUGGUGGAGGUGGCGGCGGCUCGUAUGCGACAGCAGGUGGAACUGGAAUAGGAGGAGGUCCAAUCUUUGUUGGGGCAGCUAGCGGUGGCGCCGAGUCGUACGGUACAGAAGGUGGACCUGCUGUUGGAGGAGGUCCAGCCUACGUUGGAGGUGCUGGUGGCGGUGGCGGAACGUAUGCCACAGGAGGUGGACCUGUUGUUGGCGGAGGUCCAGCCUACGUUGGAGGUGGUGGCGGAGGCGGAACGUAUGCCACAGGAGGUGGACCUGUUGUUGGCGGAGGUCCAGCCUACGUUGGAGGUGGUGGCGGAGGCGGAACGUAUGCCACAGGAGGUGGACCUGUUGUUGGCGGAGGUCCAGCCUACGUUGGAGGUGGUGGCGGCGGAGGCGGAACGUAUGCCACAGGAGGUGGACCUGUUGUUGGCGGAGGUCCAGCCUACGUUGGAGGUGGUGGCGGAGGCGGAACGUAUGCCACAGGAGGUGGACCUGUUGUUGGAGGAGGUCCAGCCUACGUUGGAGGUGGUGGCGGUGGCGGAACGUAUGCCACAGGAGGAGGACCCGCAGUUGGAGGAGGUCCAGCCUACGUCGGAGGUGCUGGUGGCGGCACGUAUACCACAGGAGGAUCAUACGCCGGAGGUGGUGCAUCAUACACCAGUGGACAAGCUGCAGUAAUUGGCGUCGCACCUGCUAUCGGAAAUGGAGCAAGCAUUUCGCACAACGGUGCCGCCGGCGGACCGGCAAAUGGAGUCCAGCCUUUUAGUGAUUCGAAAACUGCUGGAGUUGAGGAGACGAAUUCCGUCCAGGAGUCUCCGCUGGAUACAGCAGAAGCAGAGGAAGAAGGUCAGAAGUACUCACCAAGACGUCAGUCGUUCGCAACCGCUUGA